CACAUUAGAAUAUUCGUGACCGGUCCCGAUUUGCAUUCCUCCUCCGACCCAAGGUCUCUCCACACCGGUCGGCACACCGCGCGAGCCGACCCUUUUUCUACUUCGCGCCGGCAAAGGGCGAGAUCCAUUCGCUUCUUCUAUGCCUCCUCGUCCUCCUCCUCCUGCGCUGCCCGUCCUCCUCAUCGUUCUCUCUCUCUCUCUCUCUCUCUCUCUCACGUGGGAUCGUUUCUUCGAAGACGCCUCUUUCCGUCCGCCGUUGAAACCUCGCGCGCGCGCUGUUUCCUCCGGCGGGAGGCACAAAACAGCGGGAAUGCGGUUUCCGCGCGGGUUUUUGCCCGCGAACAUAGCGAUUCAUAAUGUCUACGCGGGGCCCGCUUAGCGCGGCCCGAUAAGAAAAUAGGCCCGAGAGCACCUAUGAAUACACGCGCACGCGCGUGCACACACACACAUAAUAUAUUCGGGCCGGCAGCGAGAAGAGAUGCCGUGAGAUUUUCACCGGGCCGGCGCGCGGACUCCCCCCGAUAAAUUAUUCCAGAAGCGGAUCCGGCCGGAUAGCGCGGCCGUUUUAAUGAAGAUUUAUGGACCAAAUGAUUCGACGAUAUCGAACGGCGACUUUUAUUCUCUCUCAUCCAAGAAGCUCUCUCUCUCUCUCUCUCUCUCUUCCCUGUUCCUUUCGAGAGAGAGAGAGAGAGAGGAGGGCACGAUAUUACGCGAGAAAUCCACAAGGCGAAGGCCGGGAGCACUUGUCCGUGGCGUCGUAGGAUGCGCACGCUUGUUACACGCGCGGAUCCUCCCAGCGAUUGAUGAAUUUUCAUCGAGAAUUUUCAUUAGCGUCGUCGAGCGUCAUAGUUCGCGAUACCGCAAUUUCCGGCCGCCACCGUUAUCGCACAUCGUCGAUCGUAGAUAAAACCUCUGUUAAGUAUCAUCAUCAAGAGAGAAGGAGGGAGGGGGGGGGGCAGUCGUGAAAUUGCACCGACUCUCGCUCUUCCCUCGUACGAGUCACGGGCUACGCGAAAUCGCGCGAUUACGAAGAAGCUGCCAAUUCCAACGACACCUUUUCACAAAUCGGGCGAAACGGUGCCGCACGAUCGAGUUCCACCUGUGCUGUUUACCCGCGUGAGGCGAGAACGAAAAAAUCUGAUUUCGCGCACGAACACGCGGCGAUGAUAGAUCGCGCGUAUCACCCGAAUCGAUACGCUCGCCGGACGAUCUCGGUGGGGAGAAAUCUUGGUUGCCCGCGCAUAUCUCGCCUCUCCGAUUUGCAUACGCAAAGGCGAUCGCGCGUGUAAGCUAUUUUUGCAUUCGUGGGAUCGGAGUGCGUGAAUACCUUGCGCGCUACGUAUGGUGGCGCGGCGUUUUUCUUGAAAACACCAUGGCUUUGCCCCCGGUAUAACGAGCUGGCCGAUCACGUUAAAAAACAGACAGAGAGAGAGAGAGAGAGAGAAGACCAGGACGAGGCGGGGAAGAGGGCGAAGACGCAGGCCUCUUCACCUCGACCCUGUAAUCGCCGACGAGAGUUCACGGUUUCAGGUUCUAGGUCAUCCUCUUAAACUCCAGGCACGUAACCGCAACAAGGGCGUGAGUAAAGCUGCGUGGCAACGCGGGACGACGCGCUCUCUCUUCUCUUAAUGACGCGCGAUCAUCGUCGCUCGUUAUUAUCGGUCAUUCGGACGUGUUCCGUCCGUUAAUUGCGCCCUGUCAGUGGCGUUCCCCCUCUCUCUCUCUCACUUUCGGAAGACAGAGAGAGAGAGAGAGAGUUUUAUUAAUACUCUGAGAUAAACCCCCCUUGAGAGAGUUUAUAGUACACAAUAUUACACAGCCGAGUCGAAAAAGACUACUAGUGGUUAUACAAAAGCUUACAUGCCAGCGAGUAUGAGGAUAAUUAUGAGAUAUCUAGAAGAUGAAUAAUAACGUACAUACGUGUGUUUGAUAAAAAUAUGAAGAACAUAUAUAAGGUGUACGAACGAUAUAAUGGAAAAAGAAAGAGGAAGGAGGGGGGGGGGGUGGAAUGGAGAAACGGAGAGGAAAGAAACCGUGACAACGCCGAUAACGCGCGCAAUCCGCCGGUAUUAUUACGUAUUCCACGCUCGAUUUCGUUACGCGUCUUCGCCGAGUCGCCGGAGUCUCGCGACCGCUAUAAUUUCAUUAUAUCUCCGCGAGAAACGAACUGUCUAAAUAUAUAUUCGCAAGACAGCCGUGUACAUAAUAAGAUGAGGGCACGUAAUCGAUGAGCCUCGCCGUUGCGCUCUCCGUCUCCUCCGAUCGGUAGUGCAAUGUUCUCAACUCGCGUCUUCCCCGCCGCCGCGACUUUUGCGCCGCUGAUUGAUUAUCCGCACGACGUAGUUAUGCAAGGAAAAACGAGAGCCAAAAUGCACGCCGAGCUUCUUCGCUGCGCGAGCGAUCAUCCCCGCUGCGAGAAAGAGAGAGAGAGAGAGAGAGAGUGGAGAGCGAGUGUUGCACACGUGCGUGUUUUAGAAUAGAAACUCGCAGAAGCUUCGUGCUUGCGUAACUCCGCUGGACUUCGCUCGAAGCUCUCCAUUCGAGCUCUCGAGUUUACUCCUCGUUUCCGUUCUCUGAGGUUCUUCCCGGCGCGAACAGAGGCGGAAAGUCUCUCGGGCAUGCUUGUUAUCCCCUCGGACGCGCAAAAGUAAAUUGAACCUGCGAUAGAAACGUGUCGUUUGACGAGCGAUCGGAGGCCGCUGCGAGUACAGUGAAUUGUGUGCCCGGGAUUGUGAAUCUUUCGCGGGGGAGAUGUCCGGGGAACGUGUCCUCCGGGUUAUGAAACGGUCUUCGUUCGUUGCGACUCGUUCACUUAGCGCCGUUGACCGGUGUGUUGCGCGUGACGCUGAGCCGCCACAGCCGUCCCCUUCGCGUUGGGCUCGUCCCUCGUCCUGGCUCUAGGUUAGCCAGUGAAUCAUCUUCAACGACCCCCUCCUCCGGGAUCCGGGCAGAAGACUCUUAAGGGGGCCCACGGCGCAGCGCGAGGCCAGUCCGAGAACGCGACCCUAACGCACUAACAUCCGGUGUAUUCCGAGAGAGACGAAAGAGAGAGAGAGAGAGAGAGAGCGAGCGAGCGAGAGAGUCGGAAACGGAAACGACUGCUUGAUCGCCAACUGCCAGCGGUAAUCGGCAACACUAAACAUGAAGAUCGUUCUGUUGCUCUUCGUCGCCGCGGCCUUCGCCUCAGCCCAAAGAAUCACAACGAUCCAGCUGGAUGGCAUACAGUACUUCGUCUCGCGAAUGAACCCCUACAGUCCCGAGCUGAACUACUUCCUGGCGUACCAAUACUGCCGUUCGCUGGGCCUGCAGUUGGCGUCUUUCGAAACGAAAGAGAAGGCCGACACGAUGACCCAGUACCUGAAGAAUGCCGGCUACACGAAGUAUGACUUCUGGACAUCCGGCAACAAGCUUGGCACGGACAUGUUUCUCUGGAUGAGCACCGGACUCCCCUUCAAUGUCACCUUCGACUACAUGCUGAAGCGACCUGGCAACAGACCCGCCGACGUGCCGCCCGGCACCGAGCCCCAGAGAGUGGCACGCGAAAGCGGCGACAGCGGCAGCGCGGACGGAUGCGUCGCGAUGAUGGCACCUACGUUAGCCUGGGAGGCGCAGGACUGCACCCUCGUGAAGGACUUUAUCUGCGAGCAAACAAGAUGCUACUACUACAAUUACGGCAGCAUUCCAGUCUCCGCGACUCAGGGAAACCACAGGCCCUACAUUACGACCACCUCGGCGCCCGUCAGCGACGACCAGGCGACGAGUGAUCGCGAGACCGACAGCACCAUCAUCGACGAUCACGAGCACCACCCGGGAACCGACCCUCUGGACGAGCAGGCGACACCACCGCGAGCGGACGCGUCCGGGGCGGAAGAGAAUCUACCAGAGGACCCGGUCGUCAGCAGGCUCAUCACCACGGCCACUUCCGCACCUGGCAGUCAACAGCAGCAGCAGCACACGGGAACGACGACGUCGGCGACGUCGCUGUACGAGGACGUUCACGAGCACGAGCGCUCGUCGGCGGUCGGCGAGCUGGUGGACGACAGCCGGCCGGAGCACAUCCCGGAUAUCGCGAGCCUCUUCACCGAGCACGCAGCCGUGUCGCAGGCGCGCAAGGACAGCGUCUUCGACGGCCUGGAGACCCGCGAGAUCCUACGACCGUCGGCGGCCCGUCCCGUCGUUCCCUUCUCCUCGCCCUCCUCCUCCUCGUCCUCCCUGACGGACAUGAGGAUGGAGCAUCGCUCGGAGGCGGCCGAUUACGGCGACCUCACGGCGGAGACCGAGCUGCCGAACAACGGCCUCGAGGACGCCCACACGAUCGGACCGUACGACAGCGUGCAGGACUACGUGAAUGACCAACCGGCGGAGGACUCGCCGUCGGCCGACUCCGCGAUGAUGAAGGACCAGGACGACGACAGCAGCACGAUCCUGCCAGAGGCGGAACCGGCCUACAGGUACAACAUCAAAGUGCGCACCAACGGCAAAGUAUUAGACCCUCCGUCCAAGUAACGCUUUACUUCCUAGGCAACGUCGCGUUAUUUCGUUGUAAUAAGUGUAACGACACGAGCGAGAUCGAUAUUCUUGAGGAAAACUUAGGUAUUAU